GACCAGUUGCAGUUCUGCAAUUAAAGAGGUUAUUUUUGUGUCCGAAAAGUUGCCGGCGACUUCGAAAAAAUCAACGUCGAGGACGAGGGAGCUACCGUCGCUGCGCUAUGGCCCGGUGGGGGCCAGAUCCACAAUGACUGCGCCCUUGAGGGUCGCUUGUCCAAAAAUCAGCGUCAGCAGCCAGUUUCCCGUUGUGAGCGAACAUUUUAUUCGUCGUCCGGAUUCCGCUAGGCCCGAAAGACCGGCUCGCAGAGUGAGGUUCGCGUUGCCUCCGACAGAUGGCGACGCGCGUCUAGUCGGCGAUGUCGACGCGGACGUCGCACUCUCGAAACAGACGCACUCGCGUCCAAAAUUCGGCGGCUGUUGGCGAGACAAAUAUAUCGGUUUCAGUCAACGGCCGUUCGCUAAGCAGACGUCCAGGAAGAGAAGCGUCGAGCGCCGCGCUUACGACACAUCGGGACGUUUCGCGACAUACCAUCAUCGGUUCCCUGGAGACGCGGUGCAAGUUCCCGUGACCGGUUCUCCCGGCGUGAGAAACAGGGUACAUCCAACCGGCAGGUACAUCAGGGGUACGCUGUCCCCGACUUCAAACGCCGCCCCCCAAAACACGCCGGCUUCUCCCGGGGGGCAGGCGUUAUUAAGGGCAGCCAGAGAUGGAGACGAGCAGUACCUCAGGGACCAUCUGCGCAGAGCGCUGACCGUCGGGAUACCGGAACAGGACCUGAACGCAGUGGACUGCAGCGGAAGGACCCUACUCAGUUACGCGGCAUCGAAUGGAUCUAUUGACAUAUUAGAAAUCAUCCUUCAGCUGCAAGGAUUAGACCCCAACAAACCAGACAACGAAGGGAACACUCCCCUGCACUUUGCUGCCCAGGCAGGUCAGGUGGAAUGCUUGAACUGCCUCGCCAGCAGGUGUAGGGGGGUGGACAUCGAUGCCAAGAACAAUCUGGGCUUCACGCCCCUGAUGAAGGCCGCCCUUCAAGGAAGAAAUAAAUGUGCCAAACUGUUGCUGUUCGCCGGAGCGGACCCGACGCUGAGGGAUAACGGCCGAGGGUUCAGAGCGGACCAAUGGGCCCGCUUCUGCGGACGUUACGUAUGCGCUGACGUCAUCGAAAAACACGCUCGGCAACGUUUACUGGAACGCUCGACGUCGUACGGCAGCUGGGGCCUGGAGCACGACAUGGGAGCUGCCGUGGUCAUGGGAAAAGUCAUCCCGAUACCGCCGCCCGUAGCGCACUCUGCCUCCAACGGUAUAAAAUCCAAACUAAGGAAAGUAUUUCGCACGUCUUCCGGUCCAAGCGACACCUUCUCGAGUGCGCGGCUCGUGACGCAACUGACGUCGGCAGCGUUGUGCGCGAGCUCACCAGUGCUUCCAUCGUCAGGUGCGGUACCGCCCGUCGUCAAGUCCCUCAUACGUCCGUUGACGGUGCCGCGUCUGCAGAUCACGCUGGCCAACAACAACGGCGACUACCCGAACCGUAACGUCGAAAGAGAAGAGGUGGUAGCGAGUGGCCAUAAGGAGGUGGCCGACACCAGCCGCGCGGAUUCGGAGCGGAACCAAGUGGUGCCUUCGGCAAAGCCAGCCCGGACGAAAAAGAGGAAAUAGCAUCAGUGCUACAUAUGUAGGUUCUAUUAGAUACGUAUUUAUACUAUAUUUGAGGGUGAGAUUCGGCGGCGAUGACUGAGCACGAGUACCGUCGGUCUCGGGCGAGGCGGUACUAGUUACCAUUUACCGUAUUUUUUUCUCGAAGUUGCCAGCCGUGACUCGGUGCGACGGAAGACGCGUGUGGUCGGGUCUUUAUCCAGAAAAUUAUGUUAAUCAAAGCCGCAAUCAAAACAACCCUUCACGGGACAGCGGCCCGUAAAUUGAAUUAAUUGCGGAGUUUGAGGGGGGUCUGCCCGCGUAAUGGGGUGGCAGCUUUUUUUUUGCCGUGCCUAUGGACCGACGGCGCUUGUUUUACGUUCGGGUUGCCGCAUUGUUUUUACUAAACGUUUUACGUAAUAAACUAUUUACAUAUGAAAAUAUCCUUUUACAUUUUCUAGAAGUGAACUUUUCAUUGAUGUCAAUUACUUUAGGACCUAACCUAGCCGUACAUGCGUUUCGGAUUAGGCAUUUCGUUCUUUUAUUUUCUACGGAUUAGAAGCGAUAGGGUUUUUAGGUUAAGUUUAAAGUGACGUCAUGAAGUAGUAUAACGUUAUGUAUACAGGAUGCCUGUCCUUUUGUGGACAACUCUUAGUGUUUGUAGCAUUUUUUUGUCAAAAGUGACGGUUGCUGGACUAAAUAUGUCUAUAUAUUUCUCCGACCAAAAGACUGAAAACUACCCAGAAAGAUGAACAUCCUCAAGCAACAGUGUUAAAUGAAUAAUACAAAAAUUUAAAUAUUUUUGAACUGUAUCAUAACAACAGCAUUUUCUAUAUACUGUAUUAAUAUAAUAAACUAUCUUCCUAAUUCGUUUUUUUACUAUUUCAUAUUAAAAUAGCAAUAAUAAAUAAAAAUUAUUUCAAAACUCACAUGAAGUCAAAAUAGUGACGUUUGUUUUUGAUCAUUCUUCAUUUAUUUAUAUAUAAAAUAUCAACACAUCCCCUAUAAGGAAAUCAACCCCAUACACAUAAUAAAGGAUUUUAGUCGGAGAAAUAUAUUUAGACCUCUAAACGUCAAUUUUGACAUAAAAUUCAAAAUUUAUCAGAAACGGCAAGAUUUAGGUAUAAGAUAUUAUAUACAAAAUAAGUCUAAGAAAGUUGUUGUCCACGAAAAGGCAUAAGUGGGAAUCCGAACAACUUUUUGUUGUUUAAUACUUUUUAGAAAAGGUCGCCAACAAAUGAUAUGAUGAUGAUUAUUCAUUAUUUAUUUAUGUUUAAGCAUUUUUAGUGCGAAGGUUUCAAAUAUGACGUCACAUUAAGCUUAUAGCGGAAGGACUACAUAUUUGAGCAAGCGUGUGAUAAAAACAGAGCAAGUUCCUAGAGAAAAAAAUGUAUUUAAAAGCACCAGGGUUGAGAGGGGGAUAAAUUGUUUAUAUUUAAAGGAAAAUAACGUAAAAUAGGCCGAAUUUGAUCCAUGGUGGUGCUAAAUCGUAGCUGAGCUGGUUUCCUUUCGUCAUCUAUUUCCUUCUAGGCUUAAGGGCAUUGUAAAGGACCAAUACUGUAUCGUCUUUAAAAACAAUUGUAUAAAAAUAUUAAAGCUGAUGUACCCGUACAUAUUCUAUAAAAGUUUGAAAGUGCAAUAUUAAGCGUUGAUGUAUUUUAAUAUGCGUUUAAAAAUAAAGCCUACCACGUUCAAUUAGCGAGUUGUUUUUCAUA